AUGUCGAGAUUCGCACCAGAGCAUCCCGGCGGAGCAGAGAUUAUAUAUGCUUAUGCUGGGCGAGAUGCCACCGAGGCCUAUCUCGAGGUCCACGAGCCAAAUCUGAUAGCUUCCACCCUGCCGCCGAACGAACAUAUCGGCGAUCUGGAUCCGGCGACCGCGCUCCCAGACGAGCCACCAUCGAAGCCCGAGCAAAGGCACGCGGAGAAACCGCCCCUCGAGACGUUCAUCAAUGUAUACGAUUUCGAAGAUGCGGCGAGGAAGUCACUCUCAGAGAAGAGCUGGACGUUCAUCUCUGGAGCUUCGAAUGACAACGUCUCAAGGGAUGCCAACCACGACAUGUUUCGGAAGAUAUGGUUCAGGCCUCGGAUCCUCCGAAACGUGGCGACUGUCUCCACAAAAGGUACAAUGAUGGGUACCCCUGUGUCACUUCCCAUCUGGAUAGCGCCUAUGGGUGUGGGUAAGACGGCUGGACCAGAGGGCGAGCUGGCUCUGAGCAGAGGCGCUGCUGCCAGUGGCAUUGUGUAUACUAUUUCGACAACGUCCUCGUUCCCCCUCCUUGAAAUUUUAGAUGCCGCACCGAAAGGUCACCCCUUCUUCUUUCAACUGUACAUCAACAAAGACAGGUCAAAGACCGAAGAACUCCUUGGGUUAGUCAACAGCCGGCCACAGAUCAAGGCGCUCUUUGUCACCGUCGACCUACCUGUCGUGUCGAAAAGGGAAGCCGAUGAACGAAUCAAAGUCGACACACUGUACUCCAGCGGUCUGGGCCGCCCGACCACCACCGACAACAAGGGUGCUGGCCUUGCCAGGUCUGUAGGUUCUUUCAUCGACCCAGCAUUCUCGUGGGACGAUCUGGCAUGGUUACGUCGACACACAAAAUUGCCGAUAGUCCUGAAGGGUAUCCAGUCAGCGGCUGACGCCAGACUCGCAAUGCACAUGGGCUGCCAAGGGAUUGUAAUCAGCAAUCAUGGGGGAAGAGCGCUCGACGGGGCGCCGGCGUCCAUACUUGUGCUUCUGGAGCUUCACCGGGAGUGUGCCGAGGUAUUCGACCACAUGGAGGUCUUCAUCGACGGAGGCUUCCGACGAGGCUCCGAUAUCCUCAAGGCAAUAUGCCUGGGCGCCAGCGGUGUUGGGCUAGGUCGACCCUUCAUGUAUGCCAUCAACUACGGAACAGAGGGUGUGGUCCACCUUGCAAGCAUCGUGAAAGACGAAGUAGAAACAGCGAUGCGAUUAGCAGGACUCCAGACUUUGGAUGAAGCAGAUCCCGCGUUGGUCAAUACCGCCGAGCUGGACCCGCUUGUCCCUCGCGGCUCUCUACACCCGUAUGCUCGCAAACGUGCUGGGCUUCGUAGACAAUACCGUCUCUGA